AUGAAGCUAUCCGGAUCAAGUGCCCUGCUGCUUCUAGGUUUCGGCCUCCUAGGUCAUGCAUCGCCGUUGGUCCAUGUACAGGGCAAGAAUUGCACCGUGAAGCCUCUCGGCCACGGCCAAGAUGAUGUCCCCAACAUUCUCCACGCGGUGGAAAAAUGUGGCCAAACGCCAGGAGGAAGGAUUUCCCUUCCAGCCCCUUACACGUAUCGCAUUAAUCAACGAAUGACAACACAUCUCGAAAGCUCAACCCUUGAAGUAGGUGGGAUGUUGCUCUUCAGCGACGACAUUACAUACUGGGUAAACAAUUCCUACCGGAUCGACUUCCAGAAUCAAUCAACAGCCUGGCGGAUAACCGGUCAUGAUUAUGUGGUUGACGGAGGUCCGGAGAGAGGUGGAAUUGACGGAAAUGGUCAACUGUGGUAUACUUGGGCGAAGGGAGGGAGCAAUGUGUUUGGUCGGCCUAUGCCACUGCAUGUCUUAAAUUCGACCCGGGCGGUCCUUCGCAAUAUCGCGAUUCGUCAGCCGCAGUUUUGGGCUGUGUUGGUUGAAUCUUCGUCGCAUGUUGAGUUGGAUAAUUUCUAUGUCAAUGCGACUAAUUCAGACCCUAAUGCCACUGAGGAUACAGUUUGGAUUCAAAAUACGGAUGGGAUUGAUACGUACAGAUCUGAUCAUGUUACGAUCACCAACUGGGUGUAUGAGGGUGGGGAUGAUGCGGUGGCAUUCAAACCGAACUCGACCAACAUUCAUGUUGAGAAUGUGACAGUAUAUGGAGGACCAGGGAUUGCAUUUGGUUCGCUGGGACAGUAUCCUGACAGGUAUGAUAUUGUCGAAAAUAUAACUGUGAAGAAUGCCAAUUUUCAACCGUCCUCCCAACGAGCGAUGAACUCCGGAAUAUACUUCAAGAGCUGGAUCGGUGUCAACUUCGGUGUCCCUCCGAACGGAGGUGGAAACGGCCAUGGCUAUGUGCGCAAUGUGACUGUCGAGGAUAUCACAUUCAAAGAUGUACAGUUACCGAUAUACAUCGACACAUGCCUGAGCUACCUAUUCGAUCAAAAUGUUACUCAGUACUGCGAUACAUCCACAUUUCGAUUCGACGAUCUACAUUUCAGAAACAUUAGUGGAAAUGGGCUUGCUACUCCCACUAACUACACAGGCAGAAAUAUUACAUUCGCAGUAUCCAUGAUCUGUUCGAAGGAGGCACCAUGUACCGAUAUUACAUUCGAAGAUGUGGAUAUCAAACUGCCUGAGUCGUAUAGCGGGAAGAGUGUUCUGUGCGAGAACGCCGGUGUGCAAGGCCUUGAGUGCAACUCAUAA